AUGAGCGGGAACUCAAGUCAAGGUCCCGGCCUGCGGUAUCCAUCGAACAAGAAGACCAUAUACGAUAGAAACUUGAACCGGAGUAAGAAUGCGGAGCUCAGUAGAGCGGCAUUUGCGUACUUGUUCAUCGAGAUGAUUGCGUAUGCGCAAAAGGGAGCAAAGGAUGUGGGAGAUUUGGAGCAGAGACUGAACACCCAAGGCUACCCUAUCGGUCUCCGCCUCCUCGACCUUCUCCUCUCGCGCUCCUCCAACCCCCUCGCCAGCAUCCGCCCCACGCGCAUCCUCCCGCUCCUACAAUGGAUCGCGCAAACCCUCUACCGGCACCUGUUCGGGCGGCCCGCUGACGCCCUGGAACGCUCGGGCUCCGACCCCGGCCAGUACAUGCUGUUCGACAACGAGCCCAUGGUCAAUCAGUAUAUAAGCUUACCGAAGGAGCUGAGCAGUUUGAAUUGUGCCGCGUUUGUGGCAGGCGUCAUUGAAGGCACAUGUGAUGGUGCAGGGUUUCCGACCGAGGGGGUUACUGCGCAUAAUGUUGGGGAGCAGGACGAGGGGAAGGAUGACAAGGGCAUGUGGCCUGGGAAGACGGUGUUCUUGAUCAAGUUUAAGCCUGAGGUGCUGGAGAGAGAGGAGCUGCUUUCAAGGGGUGGUGGAUCUUAG